UUUUAGUUUUUUUACCACUUAACUACCGGCGACGAUAAUACCAUCCACGAACGCUUCAGCUCCAGCGAGACCCACGAAUCUCCAACUCUGAAUACCACGAACGGUAUUGUUCCUCUCCGGUGAACAGUGUCGGUGCGAUACCCACGAGUUGCAGCAGUCACCCAUUCGAAAUCGGAUCUGAUUCUGGAACUGGCGCAAUUUCGGCUCUCUCAGUGGUGUUCAACGGGGGUUUCAUCUCUUUUGACUAGGCAAUAAGGCCAAAGUAAGGAAGGGUUAAGGAGCUGCUAGGUGAAGAGAAGCCACUUGGCGUUUUAAUCUAGAGGAGAUAAGGUGGGAAUGGCUAUGGAAGGAGUUGCUUCUAUUGCACUUCUGCCUUGCGGCUCGGUCUCUGGCCACUUCAUUCAACUUCCGCAUUCCAUUUGCUACGGCCUCCAUGGCACUGAAUUGGAAUGUGAAAGAGAGUGCAGCAGGGGUGAGGAUUACCGCUUGAUCAAGCUCACAAUUACGAACUACAAUAACAAGCAAGAACGAACUGUCGUCGUUGAAUGUAGAGGCCAUGAUGCUGCACGGUUUCACAGCAUUGUUCAUGCUCAUGGUUGGGAAGAGGAUGUAGUGAGCAUGGUUGAAAAAAAACACGGAAAGAACGAGAUUAUGGUUUCCUUCGAGUGUCAGAUGUUGAAGUCCGAAAAAGCAGCCGAAGAUCACAUCAGACAGUUUAUGCCCAAAUUAGUAGGGCAAGACGCUGUUGUUAACGUGGGGCCAAUGAGCAUCGGAGGAUUGGAUUUUGAAGCAGAGGAGCAGCCAGGAGAGUGAUGAAACCAUUUGAAGCAUUUGGAGUUCAAAAGAAACACUUUUCUGAUAAAGCAAUGUAGUUUCUCUUUAAAUCUUUGGCUUCUAGAUUAAGGUCUUUAGCCGAGAAUGGCUACUGAAUGUUGUUUGUCUAGGAGAUUUUUCUCUUGUUAGACUUCUAUUAUUAUCUACUAGUUCCAAAAAUUAGUUUAGUGAGCAAAAAGUUCAGAGGCCAAAUUUAGUACUUGGCCACUAGAAAUCUGUUGGUACCGAGCUUGAAGAAUUUGUCUGGAGGAACACUUAUCAUAUUUACAAACUUGUAUAGAUAAGAUAUAAGAUAUAUAAAAUAGCACCUCCAAGUUAUUUGCACAAUUUUAGACAAUUAAAGAUUCGUUUGUUAAUGGUAUUGUUUAACAAGAAAAAAGAACUUGUUUGAUAA